UAGCAAUAACGUACUCAAUCGGGAAACAUUGGUAAACCGGAAAUGCAUCUUCACGGUUUGAUACUCGUGUUUUGUCUACUCAUCCUUAAUGUGUUUACCUGUUAUUCGGAAAAUAGCAGGAUAAUGGAGGACAGUGGGGAAAGUACUCUGGAGAAAUUGGUGAAAUUAUUCGCCCGACCUGGGGCGUUCAGCAGAGUUGAUGAAAUUUUGGGUGAAAAUUCAAUUGACGAGGGGAUAACUGCUUGUCCAAAAGGUGAAGAAGGUUUGGACUGCAGAAGAGCUGAGGCCAGACGAUCUGUUGAAUGUCCAAGUGGGGAUUGUUACUGCUAUAGCUGUGCAAUUGCUGGACCAGAUAUGUGGGCGUCUUGCUGUCGUGAAAGCUCAAAAUGCUGUUCACAUCUAGCGGCUGCCUGUCGGAAUUGCGAUCAUCCAACAUUAAUUCCAUUCUGCUCGAAAUAUUUUAAAAAAUGUCUGAUAAACUCCAGCGAUGUCACGACAAUAUCAACAACGAUAGAGCGUCCAUCAAAAGCUUGAGUUUAUAAUUUAAUUAAACAAAGAAUAAUUGGGAACAACAAUUCUGCGAGGAGUUUCACGUGAAAUUCUGUCGCAAGCACAGGUUUUACCGAUUUUUAUCGCUCGUUACGUAAUUACAAUUACCAUAUAAGAUUGACGAUCCGGUGGGACUGGUUGACAACCUGGAAAUUUCACUCGCUCUAACGACAUUUUAUCCAUUAAACAUUCGUACUGUCAUAAUUAUAUUUAUUCCCAGGAAGCGCGCGAAUUUAUUCAGUAAUAAUUGCAUAAAAAACUUCAAAUAAUUAUAAAAUUAUUUCCAGAAUGUUUUCUGUAAAAAUAAUUCAUUCACCUGCUCUCAAAUAUUUUUAUCUGCGGGUAUGACUGCAUUUUUUAGGCGCUAAAAAUAUUUUUACACCAGUCGGUCUGCGUAAUAAUUAUUUUUUAAAUUAAAAAAAAAAAUAUCGAUAUCGUUCUGGCAUUUUUAAUAAAUAAAAUCGAAUAAACUGAGUAUAAUGAUGAGAAUAAAUCAAUAAUAAUCGAGUACAAUCAUUGACAAGCUUUAUUUCUUUACUUUUGUUUUUUAACUUUAAUUUUUUUUCUUGUUUUAUAACAUUCACAGUUAUUUAUCUGCUAAAUCCUAGCGAUUCAGAAUGAUGGAGAGGGGGGGUUGGGGAGGGGGUAGGGGUAGGGGGGGAUGUGAGCAAAGGAGGGUAUUUUUUCAUAAAUUUCAUUCAAUCAGUGACGGUGUUAAAGAUUCCAAGAACGAAUUUCGGAGCAAUGAAUUUUAAUUCAUUUCCUCUAAUUUUUUAAAGUCUCUCUCUCUCUCUCUCUCUCUCUUUGUCUGUCUGUCUCUUUCUUUUAUUAUUACUAUUCCUUUCUUUAUUUUCAAUUUUUAAUCAGCCAAAAAUGUGAAUUUUUAGUCACUCGUGAUCACGUGAAAACAUAUUCCCAUAUUCCCAGGUGUUUGAAUCCCCUAGGAUUAUCGCUAAAUAUUUCUUUACCAUUGAUUGAUUGAUUGGAUUAUUUAAAUUAUUCAGUUCGAGUCUUUAAAAAUUAUUUUUCCUCUACGCCCCUUAGCACCAAUGCAGAUCCAGAGGACAAGGUAAAAAAAAUAUAUAUUCAUUUGUGUCUUUGAAUUCACAGUUGGAGUGAAUCAAUGGAGUUUCAACUUGGAAUUACGUCGAACUCAGGAUCUGCCGAAUAUUUUUUUUUUUUCAUCUAAAAAUUGACCGAAAAAAAAAUGUAUCAAAAGGCGUUUUUUUUUUCUUUUUCAUUCAAUUUUAUCUCCAUUUGUGAUGAUAACAGGAUUGAUUGUGACUUGGAAAAAAAAAUGAAAAAAAAAAAAAA